CUCCUUUUAGGUUUCAUGAUAGGUUUAAAUGGCCAACCUGCUCUUAUCCCGCCUAUAAAAUAUAACACUAAAUGUCAAGUUAACUUAUACACGGACUGCCCAUUAUCAGGGUUGGACAAUAUCAUCCCUAUCAAAACAUGUUCCGUUGCAUCGAGAAUAUUAUCCAAGUGUAUCAUACUAGAGUGCCUCUGUGGAAGACUAAGUAAGCUGAAGAAUACUACAUUCGGUUACACACAGUGGGUUGGACAAACAAGUGAGGCCUAUGCAGAUAUCUGCAAGAUACUGAAAGCUGUUGGAGCAACUAAUGUAAGAUCAUACCUGGAGGAACAGGAUAUCUUAAAACUUUUCCCUUUGUUAGAAAAGUUUGUGAGCAAUGAACUUUUACCAGUUAUAGCAAAGUCUCCCCUUACCUCGCAUCUCUCCACUUUUUCAACUUAUGGACAGGUUAACAGUCUGUGUGUGUCAAUGUUAGAAGAGUUGCUGUUUGGCGGGUCCCCCAAGUAUGUAGCUCACCAAUUUGCUUUACUCUACAGAGCACUAGCUUCCACUGGUCUUGCCUUACAAUCCUUCAAAAUCAAGGGAGAAGGUCUGUUUACGACUCUAAAGCAGGAGCUGGACCAAUAUCAGAUUUUAUCAGUGGACACUCAUGAGAUGCUUAUUCAUUAUUUAUCCACUUUGAAGGAGGAAUCCCAAUCAUUUGUAACGAGUAACUCCAUUUCGCAGGCAUUCUGUGAGGCCACCGACAUUUGAAAUUUGAUAUGAUUGAAUGCUUGGUAAAAAUGUUGUCAAUUAGGUUGAUUUAUAUUUAUAAUUUAACUUGUAUUUGUGUGAUUCUUUGAACUUUAUUUAUUUUGAGCUAGGUUUAUUGUUUAAUUGUAUUUCUGUACUUAAACUUUAAAGUAAAUAUUUUUCUUGAUUUAUUUCUAUAUUUUGAAUUGAUUACUGACUUGAUAACUAUUGUAUUUGUUAAUUGAUAUAAUAGGCAUAACUACGAUUUUAUUAUAUCUGUAAGUUGAGAUUUAAAUAAUGAAAAUCUAUAUUAUAUAAAAAUCCGGUGAUUUAUCCGCUUCUGUUUUAUUCAGCAAACACCUGAUGAGUCGGGGCUUUAGAUUCAUCUUUUUCCACGUAGAUUUCUUUAAUAUGUUAUAUUUUAAAUUUUCUAUUAAUUUAAGUAAAUUUAAAAUGAACUUAUUAUAUUUAAAUAGUAAAGUACUUAUAUAAGUAUAUUAUAUAAUACAUAUUAUCAGAUCUUUAUCUACAAAUUUAACUGGA